CAAGCCAUUUUGUCUCAAGCCCGCUUUGGUUCGGCCCCCGUCGCGAUCUCGGCCCCGCUUCGCUUGCUGCAAGCGCCGCGGCGUGCCGCCUCGGUGGUAUGGUCCUUCCGCGCAGAGCAGGCGCCUUUCCUGCGUGCCUCCUGCUCGCCGGUCUGCUUGCCGCUACGGCUGCUGCGAGCCCAGGGGCGCCGACUACUUGUUCCGCCGAUGGAGGAGGUGGUUGCGAGACGGAAGAGACCGCCUUGCUGAAUGUGCAGAAGCGCUCGAGGUGCAGCAACCCCUUCGUCGUCCAGCCGGGAGACAGUUGUUCUGGCCUCUGGACUGCAUGCUCAUACGGGUACAUCACGUGCGAUGCCUCAGGCCAUCACGGUCCGUUCUGUUGCGAGGGCUGUUCCACGGCUUUGCAGGCGGGGUGGACGUGCAAGAACGGCUGAAGGCGACAAGCAGUGAGCAGCGGCGCGCCCGAGGUUUAGGCUGCCUCUUCCCCACCUCCAGUUCACGUCCACUCAAUUUCCUCUUCGCCCCCCCCCCCCCCUCUCCUCCAGGAGACGGAGCGCGAUUUCAAUACUGGGCGCGCCUUGUUUCAAGAACGCGGAAUCUUACGCAGGGAGCGCUGUUUCAAGGAGGUAUGGGAGCUCCCCGCUCGCCUAGGUGGGACGGGAGCUCCAUGCGACUAGUAUCUUGCCUCGCUGCGAUUGGCUCCUGCGGCGCGAAAGAAACAACUCAGUGGACGCCCUAGGGUCUCAGGGUUGUGCUUCUCGUGGGAGGUUUCGUGUGGUCGAGCUCCUACUGCACCCCACCUUUACGCCCCCAGACGCAGGCCCAG